AUGGCGGAUGCCGGCGGUGAGAAGCCUCUUAAGAAGAUCGCGGAGGCGUUCAAGGGGCUCGAAACCACUGUCAACUCCCAAUCCGCCGCAGGCUUGGAGCUUGCGCCCUUCUCUCGUGCCGCUUCCCUCGUCUCGCCUCUCUUUGGUUGUUUGGGCAUCGCCUUCAAGUUCGCUGAGAUGGAUUAUGUAGCCAAGGUUCACGAUCUUGCAGAAGCAUCAAAAUCAAUUACGACCCUACCAGUUAUGAUGGACAAAGAUGUAGCGGGAAACACGGUGAGGAAAGCCGGCAGUCACACCAGGAACCUCUUGAGGGUGAAGCGUGGCCUCGACAUGGUCAAAGUGCUGUUUGAGCAAAUUCUUGCAACACAAGGGGACUCCCUGAAGGACCCAGCUUCAAAGGCUUAUGCACAGGUAUUUGCUCCUCACCAUGGUUGGGCGAUCAGGAAAGCAGUUGGUGCAGGGAUGUAUGCCCUUCCCACAAGAACACAGCUAAUGAGGAAGCUUAACGAAGAUGAGGCUUCAGCAAGGAUUCAAAUGCAGAGUUACAUCUCAGCAUCUGGGCCGCUGAUAGUGUACAUUGAUAAACUAUUUGAGACGAGGGAGCUGGGAACAGAUUGGUGA